AUGCGGCAUAAGACGGACCUGGUCCACCGCAGACGCGCUAGGUUUCGGCAUCGCUGGCAGAAGCUACCGACAACGCAACGGAGAAGAAAUCCGAAUGACUGUGAAGCGCUACAUAGUCAACAAGAUGCGAUUGAGAACUCACGAAGCAGCGAGUACCGUUUGUUGGGGCACCGCCAGCGCAAAGCGUCACUUCAUGAACGCGGUGCGCUGCAUCGUACGUCGACAGUACUCCGUUGCUCAAGCUACCAUGCCGAUCUGCGAAAGCUGCUGCUGCUUCGAUUUCGAAGCGCCACGGGUGGCGGCAGGGUUGGCGGCGUUGACGGCCGCGUCUUGGACAUCCUUGAGAGGACCGGCGCAGUCGUCACCACCCCGCCAGAGUAUUACCCCGUUCCCGACGUGGAGACUGAGGUCGAGGUGGGAACCUCCCGUGCAGCUACUAGCCGGGGGCCGAGCGACGUUGACCUGCAACCAAUACCCCUCCAGCCACAAGUGCCGCAGCCCGGACCUUCGCAGCCGCAGCCCGGACCUUCGCAGCCGCAGCCCGGACCUUCGCAGCCGCAGCCCGGACCUUCGCAGCCGCAGCCUGGACCUUCGCAGCCGCAGCCCGGACCACAGCCUCAACCCCGCCGAAGACAGCCCAGGCAGCUGGAGGAAGCUGUGUGCCGGGCUACGGCUGAGUACGUGCGGCAGGGCCAGUGUGCUGAUGCGAGGGCCGUGGCAGACCGCAAGUUCCACCACAAGAUGUUGGAGCAAAACCGGCGUCAUCACGAGGCCCAGAUGGCCAGCCAAGAACGGCUGGAAAACCAGCUCUGCCGCCUGACCGAAGAGGUGGGCCGGCUGCGCCACGUUCAGCAGCAGCGCCUCGACCAAGAGCGCAGGGCGAAUGACUGUACUCAGCGCCUGCUGCAGCAACUUUUGGAGGCCCUGGCCGGUGGGGCUGCACUAGUCACUCGCCCACCUCAGCCUCCUAGCGCCUAA